AUGUCGCUGACAGCCGCGUCCCCCGAAGAGGCCGCCUCGUCAGCCAAGACAGCCUCCUUCUCCCUGGCCACCCUGACCGUUGAGGAGCGCAACACGGCCCUGUUGGCCAUCCACGACGCCCUCUCCUCCGCAAAGGACGACAUCCUCGCCGCCAACGCCCGGGAUCUCGAGGCGGCCAGGAAGGCGGCGGCAGACGGUCAUCUGAGCCAGUCUCUCGUGUCCAGGCUUGAUCUCGGCAAGAAGGGAAAAAAAUUGGCAAAAGACCUGAUUAUGGAGCGAGUAUCGUGCCCCAUCGGCGUGCUGCUCAUCAUCUUCGAGGCCCGUCCGGAGGUCAUCGCCAACAUUGCCAGCCUGGCCAUCAAGUCCGGCAACGCGGCCAUCCUCAAGGGCGGCAAGGAGUCGACCGAGUCCUUCGUGGCCGUCUCGCGCGUCAUCUCGGCGGCCCUGGAGCCGACGGCGGUGCCCAACGCGGCCAUCCAGCUGGUGACGGCGCGCGACGUCGUCGCCAGCCUCCUCUCCCAGGACCGCCACAUCGACCUCGUCAUCCCGCGCGGCGGCAACGACCUGGUCCGCUACGUCAAGGGGGCCACCAAGAUCCCCGUCCUCGGCCACGCCGACGGCCUCUGCUCCGCCUACCUGGCCUCCUCGGCCGACCCGGCCGGUUCGGCCGUCGCCGUCGUCGACUCCAAGACCAGCUACCCGGCCGCCUGCAACAGCCUGGAGACCCUGCUCGUCCAGGACGCGGCCCUGGCCUCGGUCCUCCCCGUCGUGGCCCGCGCCCUGCUGGCCAAGGGCGUCACCCUCCGCUGCGAUCCACCCUCAAAGGCUGCCAUACUCUCCUCCUCCCCUUCGGCUGAAGGCGGCAACGACCACGUCGACGUCGAUGGACUGAUCCUCGACUCAACCCCGGAAGACUACGACACCGAACACCUCUCCCUCACGCUGGCCGUCAAGACCGUGUCCUCCCUCUCCGACGCCAUCGCCCACAUCAACACCCACGGAUCCCACCACACCGACGCCAUCUUCACAUCCGACCGCGCCGAGGCCGAGCGCUUCAUGAGUGAGGUCGACUCCGCAGGCACGUACUGGAACGCCUCCACACGACUCGCCGACGGUAUGCGGUACGGCUUCGGCACAGAAGUCGGCAUCAGCACCAACAAAAUUCACUCUAGGGGUCCCGUCGGUCUCGACGGCCUGACCAUCUACAAGUAUAAGAUUCGGGGUGAUUACCAGCCUACCACUGGUUACGGCACCGGUGAGGGGCAGAUUCCUUGGACUCAUGAGACGCUGCCUCUGUGA